UUCUGAGCAGCCGGUGGCUUUAGGAGAAACUGAAACUGGGCUUGUUGGGGGCGGAGUGGUCACUGGGGUUUAAGUAGCCACCACUUCCUUGGGCCCCCAGAGGGCACUGGGAGGUCAUAGCUGCUAGGGGACAUUUGGGACCAGUGUGACUCUCUGCUCCCCCUGCUUGAGCCAUGCACCUCUGCCAGGGAGACGCACUGCUGACCAGGACAGACCCCGCGGAGAGUCAGAAGCAGCUGAAGAGGCAGCAGAAGAACCGGGCGGCCGCCCAGCGCAGCCGGCAGAAGCACACGGAUAGGGCGGACGCCCUGCACCAGCAGCACGAGUCCCUGGAGAAACACAACCAGGCCCUGCGGAAGGAGAUCCGGGGCCUACGGGCCGAGUUGGCGCGGUGGAGUCAGACCCUGCAUCUGCACGAGCGCCUGUGCCCCAGGGACUGUGCCCCCCACCCAGCUCCCGAGCCCCCCGACUGCUGGGGCCAGGCCAGGUGGCUCCCGGGACAGCUUGCUCCCCAGGGACAGCACAGCUGCCAGGAGCAGCCAGGCCUCUUCCAGACUUCCGUCUCCUGUCUGCCACCUCAGCAGCUGCACCCAGAUGCACAGCCUCAGGUUGUGUGCGGCCUCCUCCCAUCCCCUCCGUCCCUGCUGUCCCUCAGCCCCGCUGUGGUGACUCUACCUCCUGAUCAGAUGUCCCCCACCUAUGUGCUGUCUGCCUCGCCCGCUGGCCGCAGCCUGUUGGGCUCUUCCCCCAAGGUCAGUGGCCCCUUGCCCAGUCCCCCAGCCCAGGCCGCCCCUCCACAGCCCCUUGGGCAGAUGUCCCCCAGCAGGGGGAAGCUGGAGUCAUCUCUAGAGCCUGAAUAUCUACAGGGCAGGGAGCACAAGGCGGGUCCCUCGGCAGCAGAUUGGUCAGGGUUGGCCUCAGAUCCCAGCCGUCAGCCCCUCCUGGCCUUCCCUCUGAUGGCCUCGGCUCAGGUCCACUUCUGACCUGCGCCUGGAGUGUGGCUGCCCCUCCUCCGGCUCAGGAAGCAGUCCCCGCACACCGGCCUCUCCUGCCCUGCUGCUAGAGCCGCUCUCCCAGAGACCCGCUGGCCAGGGAUUCACUGGGGAAAGGAAGCUGUCGCUGAGCACCUGCCGCUGUGGCAGGCUCUGUCACUGCUACUACCUUACUGAGACCUCACAAUCACUCUGCAAAACUGAGAGUAUGACUGCUUUUUUUUAUUUUAAAGAGAAAAAAAUAAAACAAAAUUUCAAAAUAAGA